AUGUGGCGGACACGGAUUGGGAACCAAUGGUUCUGGUUUGGAUUUUAUCUGUUCUUUCUACUGGACCAUAUCGACGCCGAGAUGGAUGAGUCAGAUAUCCAUCAGAAACGUUUGUACCAUGACCUGUUUGUUGGGAAAAGCUACAACAACCUGAUCCGACCUGUGAUCAACACCAACGACUCCCUGCAGAUCAACUUCACUCUGGCUCUCAGCGCCAUCAUCAACGUGGACUCCAAGAACCAGGUGAUGAUCACCAACGUCUGGCUGCAGAUAUAUUGGCACGACUACCAACUGCAGUGGAACUCUUCAGACUAUGGAGGCAUUGAGCAGAUCAAAGUGGACCACGCCAGUGUCUGGGUACCGGAUAUAGUUCUCUUUAAUAAUGCUGAUGGUAACUUUGAAGUGUCUUAUAAGUCCAACGUGGUAUUGAGCGCCAGUGGAGAUGUGUACUUUGUCCCACCUGCCAUCUACACCAGCUCCUGCAAUAUUGACGUCAAAUACUUUCCAUUUGAUCAGCAGAACUGUGAAAUGAAAUUUGGCUCCUGGACAUUCGCUGGGAAAACAUUAACGUACGAUUUCUAUAAAGACCAGAGGAAUAUUAUUUUAGGUGAUUACAUGAAGAAUGGAGCAUGGGAUGUCCUCAACGGACCUGGUAGCAUUAGCAAUGUCAAAGAUUCCAUGACAGGAGAGGUCAGUAGCGAACUGACACGGCUUCAAAAUUAUCAACAGGAUGUAGUUCCAAGGAAAACAGGCCUGAUCAUCCCUUGUUUCCUGCAUGCGAUUGUCUGUCUGUGCGUGUUCUUCGUGCCAGCUGGCAAGGGGAAGAAGAUCACGCUGGUCAUCAAUGUCCUGGUGUCGCUGGUGGUACUGCUAGUGUUGCUGCAGAAAAUUUUGCCGCCAUCAAUGUCCAUCCCACUAAUUGCCAAGUAUUUCAUCUUUACCUUCAUCAUGAACGUACUGGAGAUUAUGGUGGCUAUUUGUAUUAUAUUUGCUCACAACAUGACACCACGUAUGGCCAUUAUGCCAAGCUGGAUAUGUUGGCUAUUUUUGUAUAAACUGCCCAAAUAUAUAUUCAUGACUCGGCCUGACCACGAUAGACGAUGGCAACCCAAGAGCUUCACUCCUCCUCCUUCCUACCCAAAUACACCUCAGGUAAGUCUUUGUUCAUCUUUCAACUAUUUCAG